GGGCUUUUGGGCAGCCAUGUCCUAUUUCAUGUCUCCACAAACUCAUCAAGGUCUUCUGCCUUCCAGCCAAGGUGGGGCUACUUCUCCGGGCUCAUCCCUUGGCAUCUAUAGUCCUAUAGAGCCAGUGGUGGUGGCCUCUGGUGGACUAGGCCCACUGAGCCAGAAAGCCCAGGCCUGGGGCCCGGCCCUGGCAGUGCCAGAAGCCAGGGGCUGCCCUGGGGGGCCUAGCUGGGAGACACUGCAGCGGAAGGAGUAUGGCCGAUACAACCACAAAUUCCCCCACGCAAGGCAGCCCGAGAGCUUGGGCUGGGAGGACGGCUGCCCCAGAAGCAGAGCUCCCCACCUGGGCGGCCCCAGCUGGCCUGGGCCCCUGCUGCUGUGUGGGCUGUCACCAGGGGUUCUACCGAUGCCCUCUGAGGCAGGGGGGAAGGAGGCGAGCUCCCAGCCUGACAUCUGCAUCCUUACCCUGGCCAUGAUGAUCGCUGGCAUCCCCACCGUGCCUGUCCCAGGCCUGCGGGAAGAGGACCUGAUCCGGGCGGCUCAAGCUUUCAUGAUGGCCCAUCCGGAGCCAGAGGGGGCAAUGGAGGGGGCGCGGUGGGAGCAGGCAUGUGCCCACACAGCCUCUGGGCAAAUGCCCCUAAUGAGAUCCAGGAGAGGCCAGCCUCCUGGCUCCUGCUUGUAGCUGGAUGAAAUAGCACCAGACACAUAGGGUGGCUUCUCUGUAUGGUUUUUGGGCAGAUAGAAUCGGGAGUGCCUGUGCCACGGAUGGGGAUAGGGUGGUUGUUUGAGCCACUCUGGUCAAUACAAGUCUUUCAUCAGGGCCCAGACCCCAGGAAGUUUCUCUAGAUACCACUAAGUCAGGAGACAGGACUUCUCAGAGUAGUUACAGUGAAAAUUACCUGAGGCAGGAGGCCUGGCUUGGAGUGGAGGCCUCUUUUGUAUUGUUUUGGGAUUCGAUCAAGAUUUCUUUUUUUUUAAUUUUUUAAAUUUUUUUAAUUAAUUAAUUAAUUUAUUCAACAGAGAUAGAGACAGCCAGCGAGACAGGGAACAC